AUGGCAAAUGCCAUUAUGGAGGACUACCAGGCAUUGGGCCGCAAGGAGGAGGAAGCUGCGCGCUUACAGGCCGAGGCGGAAAAGUUGGCGAAAGCUGCGCGCGAGGGUGUGGAGCAGCUUGAAAAAGAUAAGGCUGCUUUUGAGAAGCAUAAUCAGACCGAGGAGUGGGCUGCAACUGUUGAGCUUAAACAGGAGUUGGCCAAUGUCAAGGCAGCGAAUGCUGCUUUGGUUAAAGAGAAGGCCGCGGCUGAGGCGGCCGUUGGUAAGGCCAGGGAGGCGGAGGCCCGGGCUGCAAAGGCUUUUGAAGAGGCCAAGGAGGCUGAAGUGCAGAAUCGCGAGGCCAUGCUUGCGGAAGUUACUGCCCGCGCGACUGAAGCUGAAAGGCGGGCUAGCGAGGCUGCUGAGGCUAGAGAUAGCCUUACCUCUUCAUUCAAUCAGCUUGAGAUGACCGUGAAUGGAUGCGGUGUCACGGUAUUGCGCAUCGUGCCCGAGAUGCUGGCUUUAAAGCUGGUUACAACCGAUGCAUCAGUCAUAGAAACAUUCUGGCCCAAGGCGAAUACACCGAUGAAUACUGAAGCGCUUCUCAACGCGGCUUCUGCAUCAUUCUAUGACACGUCUAUUUCUGCCCUUGAGAAGCUUGAUGAAUGCUUGGAUGCAGAAGACUAUGUAGACCGUUUACGGAUGUUGUAUGCUGAUGCCGAAGAAUCAGAAGAGGAAGGGGCUGCUGGUGAUGGCAAAGAUGGCGCGGGUACCAGCGAACUCUACCCGUUGUAA